AUGGCGAAAGACAAGGAUAAAAAGCAAGAGCUGAUCAAAAACCCGAAGGGCACCAGGGACUGGUCCGGCGAAGAUGUCGAUCUCCUAGAAGAUAUCCUUGCACAGAUUUCCAGAGUUUUUCGUCGCCAUGCAGGAAAGAAGCUCGAUACACCCGUCUUUGAGCGAGAAGAGGUUCUCAAGGGUAAAUACGGAGAGGACUCUAAGCUCAUAUACGACCUGAAAGACCAAGGCGGUGAAUUACUUUCCCUGCGUUAUGACCUCACUGUGCCGUUCGCUCGGUGGUUGGCCAUGAACUCAAACAUCAAAAACUACAAACGAUUUGCGAUCAGUAAAGUCUACCGGAGAGAUCAACCUGCCAUUGCCAAAGGACGUAUGAGAGAGUUCUACCAAUGCGACAUCGAUUUUGCUGGAGCAAGUGACCCAAUGAUGGCCGACAGCGAGGUCAUAGCCAUCAUUGUAGAGGUUUUUGAGUCGCUUGAAUGGACUGGCCGAUACACGAUUAAACUAAACGACCGGCGAAUUCUCGAUGGGCUCUUUGAAGUGUGCGGUGUGCCGGACGACAAGAUUAGAGCGAUCUCGAGUGCAGUUGACAAGUUGGAUAAGCUACCUUGGGAGGAAGUCAAGAAAGAAAUGGUUGAGACGAAAGGACUUGACGAGGCUGUUGCAGACAAGAUCAAAACUUAUGUGACGAGGAAAGGUGGCAGAGACCUCCUCGAAGAGUUAAAGAAGGAUGCCGACAUGAUGGCCAAUGCCAAAGCCAAGCAGGGCAUUGAAGAAAUGGACACUUUGAUGGAGUAUUUGGAGGCAUGGGGCGCACUCGACAAGAUCUCUUUUGACCUGUCCUUGGCUCGUGGUCUCGAUUAUUACACGGGUGUUAUCUACGAAGUUGUAACUGAGGGCUCAGCCCCGGUUAUUGCAGAUGGUAGUGCCGUGGCCAAAGAAGCUCAGAAACAGGGCAAGAAAGAGAAGAAAGUGCUCGGCGAGGAUGAGGACCGGUCGAACGAUCCAUCAGUCGGCAUCGGCUCAGUCGCUGCUGGUGGUCGAUAUGACCAUCUUGUGGAACGCUUCAGACCAAACGCUGAUAUCCCAUGUGUGGGCAUCAGUUUCGGUGUUGAUCGAAUAUUCAGCAUUACCAAGGCGCGGAUAUCCAAGGGCGAAACUUUCAGCUAUGUCUCCUCCAAUGCUCCCGACGUGUAUGUCAUGGCGUUUGGAGGCGGUGGAUUUGACGGAAUGCCCAAACAGCGUAUACAAAUCACAAAGAUUUUGCUGGACGCUGGGCUAAAGGUCGAAUUCACCUAUAAAAAGAAACCAAAGCCACAGGUGCAGUUCAAGAAUGCGGAGACCGCUGGCGCGCCCUUUGCAGUGAUUCUCGGUGAGGACGAGCAAGCCAAAGGAGAGGUACGAGUGAAGGAGAUGGGGUUGCCUGAUGGCCAUCCUGAGAAAGAAGGUGUCCUUGUCAAGAUAUCAGAUUUAGGUGCUGAAGUGUCCAGACGCGUGAACGCGAAGAGCAUGGUUGCGAAGACCGGAAGUAUGACUGUGAGCUAG